GCUCUAGCCGGCUCCUUUCGCUUGCUUUUGCCCUUUGGGCAUGCUUCUCGUCUGGGUUGCGACCAGGGUCUGCUCUCCAGCCCAAGAAGCGGGUCGCCCGUCCCCGGCUGUCUCAGGAAAUAGUACAUAUCAGCGUCGCACGACCUCGUCCGCCCGUGUCUCUCUUCUCCUGUCUCCUUGUCCGUCUCCUUGUGAAUUCAACGGCUCUGUCUUGGUCCAGGAGUCGUCCAUUUCAAUUCGCUGCUCAAGGCUAGAGACUGAAGCCUCGAGUCUUGCACAGGACAGAACACGUCUUUUCUCCUGUCGUGCAUCGUGGUGCUCCUUUGUCCACUCCACGCUCAACACUACCGACAACUGCCGAGUCGGAUCCAUCAGCCAGGCAUAAGCCAAGUCGACUAUAACACGCCGCCACCAUGGGCGUAACCUCCAGGUUCCUGCGCGCCAUCGUGCGCAACGAUGCCAUGCGUACCGAUCCCGAUGAAAUCUACGGAUGGCGUGUCUUCACCCUUGUCUUCUCGGCCUGCUUCGGCGGCAUGCUGUUCGGCUGGGACACGGGUGCCAUCGGCGGGAUCCUCACCAUGCCCGAAUUCCAGGAGAGGUUCCACUAUGCAGACAGCUCGGCCAAGGCCAAGUCCAACAUGAGCCAGAACAUUGUCUCGACGCUGCAGGCAGGAUGCUUUGCCGCGUGCUUCUUCACCAGCUGGGUCACGGAUCGAUAUGGUCGCCGAUUCGCCCUGAUUAGCGCUGGAUUGCUCACUAUCAUCGGCAUCAUCUUCCAGGCUGCGUCUGCCGCCAAGGGCACGCUGGCUGUCAUGUAUGUCGGCCGAUUCAUCGCCGGCCUGGGAAUCGGUGCUGCAUCGGCAUUGACUCCGUUGUAUGUGUCCGAGUGCGCUCCUCGUGCCAUUCGAGGUGGCUUGACAGCCUUUUAUCAACUCUUCAACGUCUUCGGCAUCAUGCUCGCCUUCUGGGUCAACUAUGGAUGCCUGUUGCACGUCUCGGCCCCUGCCAUCUACGUUAUCCCUUUGGCCUUGCAAGCUCUGCCUGCCAUCUUCUUGAUGGUCGGCAUGUUCGUUUCUCCUGAAAGCCCGAGAUGGUGCGCCAGACGAGAUGAUUGGGACCGGGCUACGCGAGUCCUUGUGAAGCUCCGAGGUCUGCCUGCCGACUCUGAAUAUGUGCAGAACGAGGUUCAGGAGAUGGCCGAUCAGCUGGAACAUGAGAGACGCCUGACUGGAGACGCCACCUUCAAGACACUUCUCAGGGAGAUGUGGACAAUCCCUGGCAACCGCAACCGAGCCAUCAUCUCCAUUCUCCUCAUGAUUUUCCAGCAAAUGACUGGUGUCAAUGCCAUUAACUAUUAUGCUCCUCAAAUCUUCACUAACCUCGGAAUGACUGGAAAUGACUCGUCGUUGUUCGCCACUGGAGUCUACGGCGUGGUCAAGACGGCAGCUUGCGCUGUCUUCCUGAUCUUCGUGGCCGAUUCGCUCGGUCGACGCUGGAGUCUGCUGUGGACGGCCGCCGCCCAAGGCAUCUUCCUGUACAUUGUUGGCAUCUACGGACGAGUUCAGCCCCCUGUUGCUGGACAACCUGUCACGGCAUUCGGAUAUGUUGCUAUCACCUGCAUCUAUCUGUGGGCUGCGUCGUUCCAGUUCGGCUGGGGCCCUGUCUGCUGGAUUCUGGUUAGCGAGAUACCCACUGCCCGACUGCGUGCCAUGAACGUGGCCAUUGGCGCAGCCACUCAAUGGCUCUUCAACUUUGUUUGUGCUCGAUCCGUUCUCACCAUGCAGACGACCAUGGGCAAGGCAGGCUAUGGCAUGUUCUUCAUGUUCGGAACCUUUUGCUUCAUCAUGGGCAUCUUUGUGUGGUUCUUCGUGCCUGAGACCAAGGGUCUGAGCCUGGAACACAUGGAUGAGCUGUUUGGCGUCACGGAGCUCGCCAAGAAGGUAGAAGCCGAGCCUGAACUUGGCCACCCCGAUAGCAUUCGGGAGGAGCGGGCAGACAUCAAGUCUUGAAGACUCGGCUGUCCUUGUUUUCUGUGACGCUUGAUGCUCGGCUCAACGGACACAUGGAAGACGGGUGGAUCUGCGUAGUAUUGCUCAAACAGUUCUUGCUUGCCUUGCUUUUGAAUUCUAGUCCCAUUACCAUCAGACGCUU